UUACAUACAACUUUACCUAUUUUCUAUCAUUGUCCAUGCUUUAUCCCUAAAAAGCGACUGCUUCCCUCCUAUGUCCCUUCCUUUGACUAAUAAUUUAUUUCCUAAUGUCGAACCUCAGUUUAAAAAACAUCCUUUACUAACCUCAUUUUUUUCCUUCCUUUAUUUUUAUUCCAUUAUUUUCCCCUCAAAUUGGUCACCUGACUUAAAGAUAGCCAUUCCAACUAGGCGGCUGUCAAUAAUUCCCGACCGCUUAUUUUUUGCAAUAUCAUCUCUCCCUUUACCUUUUCCAUUUCUAAUGGAAAGAGCAAAUAACCAUUGGCAUUUUCUUGUUUUUUUUCCUUCUCAUUUUUCUGUUAUUUUCAGCUUUUUUCUAAAAAAACUUACAUUAUAUAGCUUCUGA